AUGCCUACUCAAACCUGGUUCAAGCCUGAGGAGGCAUAUCGCGAGGGCAAGCACCUAACUCUGUUCCCAUACGAGCCCGACCGUCCGCAUGCUUCGGGGCAGUACCAUUUCAACCCUCUGCCUGAGGAUCUUCCGAAGGGCCAUAUUCGCAACUUCGACACCGCGACCGACUUCAGCAAGACCCAAGCCAAGAUCCAGAUCCAGGAAAUCAUUCGUCAAGGUGUCAAUCGCAAGUCCCAGAUCUUCCGUUGCUCGGUCUCCCAGCCUCCAGAGGAACACCGUCCGGCUGCCCUUCAGGAGCCAUUCCCGCCCUCCAGAGACACGAAUGGACGACUCCUUCCCGGGCAACUGGUUGCCAAGGUUUUCGACUACGACUACUAUCCAAGCGACUUUUCAGCACCCUGGCCCAACGACGAGGAGGCUGACGGAAACCACUGCCGCGAGCACGCCGUCUAUGCGUACUAUCGUCGGCACGGUAAGACUGGGUAUCCGCACAUCAUACCGCAGUUCUACGGAAGUUGGGUCAGCAAGAUCUUUCGCGGGCACGACAAAAACAACCAGCCGAUGUUCAGAUACGUCGGUCUGAUCCUCAUUGAGUACAUCAACGGCUAUUCCGUCGAGAACUUGUGCCUCCGUGAGCGUGACGGCGAAUACUUCGGCCCGCUUCAACCCAGCAAGCGAACUGUACCCUUUCGGAGCCUGCAGCGUCAUCAAAACCGGAGGGACAACGUGACGGAAGUCCGAUUCGAUAGAGAGAUGCGGCAAUAUGUCAUCAAGGAGAUGGUUCAUGGCGUUGUCGUCGGCAUGCACUUAGGCGUGGAGCACCAAGAAUGUGAGCCGUGGAACCUCUUUGUUUCUAUGCACAACGGCCUCGAUAUCUUAGAGAAGCCUCGAGUCGUCCUUCUUGACCACAGCUACACCCAAGUCUGGUCUCUGACCAAGUAUGCCGAGACCCAAGGCUACCUUUACUGUCUCCAGAAGCUCCCUUACCCUCCUCACCCUCGCGAGAGAUGCAGUGUCGUGGCCCUUAACACGUUUCAAGGGUGGUGGCCUCCGCAUAAUUACGACAAGAACAAGUUCAUCGAAUGGAUGUGCAGAAAAGACGUGUUCGGGCCUCACGUCGAAGCGAGAAGCGUCUUAGAUCCCUUGCUCAAGCAGCAGAAGGAGCAGAAGAAGCAGAAGAAGUUGUGGGAACACAGCUACAACAAGUACUCCACCUUUGCGACUUUGGACGCUAUCGAAGCGAAAGAGGACGAGGUGUACGCCGCGGGGAUUGCUUCCAAGAUCCUUCAAUUUGUACGCAUGAAUGAAGACCUCAACCGGGACGGCCGUGGAGAAGAGAGAGAGAGGGCCAUCACGGAGGGCGUUGAAGAAUGCGCCGCCACGUCAGCAAUGACUUCGGACUCGUACACGCUGUGGAACCGUAGCAAAGUCCGCGAGCUCCGGGAGCGUCGUCGGCAGGCUGAGGCACAGGCUCUCAGCCCACCUCCGCAGAAACCCUCGACCAUCUCUCUCGACUUGAGGAGCAACAAGUCGAACGUCCGAUACCUGCCGUGGACCGUCCAGGUUCAGGAGGAUCUCCAGCAACCCGGCCCGCCCGACCUCUUCAGGUUCCCCUCGGCCCCAGCUGGCUUCAAUUACGAAACGCCCGACCUCUUCAGGCUCGCCUCGGCCCGCUCUGGCUCCGGUGACGAACCGCCCGACCUCUUCAGGCUCUCCUCGACCCGCCCUGGCUCCGGUGACGAACCGCCCGACCCCUUCAGGCUCCCCUCGACCCGCUCUGGCUCCGGUGACGAACCGCCCGACACCUUCGGGCUCCCCUCGGCCCGCCCUGGCUUCAAUCACGAACCGCCCAACCCCUUCGGACUCCCUUCGGCCCGCCCUGGCUCCGUUGACGAACCGCCCGACCUCCUCACGCGCUCCUCAGUCCCCUCUGUAUUCAGAGAUACACCUCCCACGUGGAUCGUCCCCCACCAGUUCGUCCCUGCCCCUUAG